AUGUCCCUGACUGACUACUACAACCACGUGAAGAAUAUCGCUGACACUAUGGCGACAGUCGGCAACCCUCUGAGUGAUUCAGAGGUUAUUUCGUAUAUUCUUGCUGGGAUCAGCGAGGAUCAUGAAAAUUUCACCACAUCAUUAUCGGUGAUAGCUUCAAAGGGUGAUGAUGAUUUCACUCUCAGCGACCUCUACGGGCACAUGGUCGCAUACGAGGCACGCAACGUCGAUCACGUGUCCAAUGGAUCUCCUCAGUUCCAACACACCGCCAACACUACAUCGCGUGGAGGAGGACACGGUAGCUUUCAGCGUGGUGGCGGAGGCUGCGGACGCGGCGAUGGUGGCCGUGGCUAUGGAGGAGGCCGCAACUACAACAACGGUGGCGGCAACUAUGGUGGCGGCUACAACGGUGGUGGCUAUGGCGGCGGAGGUGGCCGCAACGGAGGCAACAACUCCGGGAGAGGAAACGGCCAAGGAGGAGGACGCGGUCGCAACGGUGGCAGCGGUGGCAAAUCCACCUGCCAGAUCUGUGGCACCUAUAGACACGACGUCCUUCGCUGCUACAAUCUGUUUAAUCACGCCAUCCAACCAGAGACGUCGAAUCGCGCCGCCAACAACUCCAACUCAAACGACAUUGCUGAACCGACCUGGAUCAUGGACUCCGGGCGACAGAUCACAUGA